UUUCCGUGGCAUGCACAAAAACCCAACGCGGCGAUAAGCGGUUUGCGAUCAACUGAUUUCUCAACAUUGAUUAAACGUUUUAGACUAUUACAUACAUCAUUUAGAUAUACUACCUUAAUGUGUCUAAAUAUCUCAUAAAAACACAUCAAAGCUUUUAUCAGAAUAAAAAAAUGGCAUAAGAAGCAAGCUCUUGUAUUUUAAAUGAAUACACAGAAAAUACAGUCACAUUUGGAGGCAUAGCCUGUACGAACGUAAGGUAUCAAACAGUCAAAUAUUCUAACCUUUUCUUGCAUUUUAGAUAGAUAGAUAGAUAGAUAGAUAGAUAGAUAGAUAGAUAGAUAGAUAGAUAGAUAGAUAAUCACAACAUAGUAAGAAAUUCAUUAAAAACCGCUGUCCUCGGAUGAUAUAAAUCCCUUUAAGCAUUUAAAAUGGUUGUUCAUUUCGUCCCAGAAUGUCAUCAUUAUUUUCCAGCGGGAAAAAAGCAUCACUUGACAAUUGUUUAUGCUAGUACUGUCCGAAAUCGAAACAUAAAAACACACAAACAAUAAAUAAAAAGAGAGAUUAUCACUGGGUCCCAGUCCCUCGCAGUAAACUCCGUUCUGUUGUGAAGGAAGGCCUUGUUUUAAAAGGCCUUUCCGAAGUGCCCACGGCCUACGGAUUGCUUUGUAUUUCCUUUAAAAUUCCCAGACACCCACACAGGGUUAUAGCCUAUCUGUUUCCACUGUUCUUUAAGACGAGAAGAACGAGGAAAGGAAGGCAUCCGAACUGCUGUGAAGUCCGUUUCAGAUUACAGCUGGCUGCAACACCAUUUAGUUUUAAUCAUAUCGAUGCGACUGGCCAAUAGAAUUUAAUCCAAUGCAAAAAAAAAAAAAAAAAAAAAAAUCUGGAAAAUAAAAAAAAAUAAAAAUCCACAAAUCUAUGAGUGAAUAAUGGGGGUUUUCUUUGUUGUGAUCUUCGAGGAAAAGGCGAAUUCUUGAGGGUGGCUGCUGUCAAGCGCUUUGCCGGGGAAAAGAUUGAUCACCCUUGCUGCCUCUCUACUCCUGCUCUAAAAAUAUCUACCCCCUUUUCCCAUUCGUUUUCAAAUUGGACGCUUAAACUAAACUUGCUAAGUUUUUCAUUAACUAACAUUAUAUUGUUGCUUUUUUUCGUCCAAUGUGCAAUAGAAUUUCAAGUCAACAUAAAUAAUUUCCAUUAGUAAACGCGACCUCAGGAUGAACUUUUGGUUGUUGUCACAGUCAACAAAUGUUUCAUACACACACAUUGCUAAGCGGUAUUAUACUCCCCAUGUACACCUUCAUUUUAAGAAAUAAGCACAAUAUUUAUGAAAACAUUAUUUGGCAAUUAUCUUACUUGCAAACUUACGCUCUUUAAUGUCCCAGUUUUCAGCAAUUCUUCAGAGGCUGUGAAAUAAUAAGAAAAUAAUGAUAAUUUAAGGUUAACCCCAAAAUAAUUUAUUUGUAGCCUAUCGUAAUGGCUAAAAAAUGGCUACUCGGUAAAUGUGGCAGACAAUCUCACCAUCACUCUUUUACAUCCUUAUUUAUGUGCUUGAUAAAAAAAAAUAUUUCAAGAACUACAUCUCUUGUCUGUUAGUCUUGUCAAAACUUUUAAGAUUAAUGACCCUUGGUUGUAAAUACUCAAGAAGCCAUAUUGUGGAUGUGCUUAUCAGGCAAGGCCUGUGAAUUACAUCACCGGUAGUUCUGAAUUUGGAUUGUUAUUGUCUAACAUAAGAGGCCCGCGCUUUACCCCUCACGACAAAAACAGUAGCCUACUGUCCGAUCACAUGGCAGCCGAGAGCAUUUUUUUAUUAUCAUUUCGUUCAUAUUAUAAUAUGGGCUACUGAAUUACAAUAUCCAGUAGUAUUUUUAUUUUUUUUUAUCAAUUCAGACAAAUAUUGCUUUCUUUUGCCACCAGGCCCCGAGUUUCGAUUGGCUGUGAUGAGUCAUGUGACCAGGAAUUGGCUGCAAUUUCUCCCAUAGUCUUCAGUUUAGUAGACCCUGGUCCCCAUACGCUAGUAAUAUCACCAAUAUACACAAUUAUUAAAGCCCGCAAAUGCCGUCAUAGCAGGAACGCAAAAUAAAUCCUAGUUUUUUGGAUGUUAUUUUUUGCGUAUGUUGGUGUCGCUGGACGCCCUUUUUGCCCAGGCGAAGCGAUGAAUUUUGAAUUUGAGAGGGAGAUUGGGUUCAUCAACAGCCAGCCUUCCCUUGCAGAGUGCCUGACGUCUUUCCCCGCUGUCCUGGAGUCAUUUCAAACUUCAUCAAUCAAGGACUCGACAGCAAUUCCACCUCCUUUCGAGCACACCAUCCCUAGUCUGAGUCCCUGCACAGGCAACCAGGCGCGACCGAGGAGCCAAAAGCGAACAUCCUCCAAUGGCCUCCAGCUCCGGACACAAACAACACCGCCGACGCAGCACCAGCAAGGCCCGGUGCCACUGUCGGGCUGCGCGCCCCUGGCUCACGAGUUCCCAUGGAUGAAAGAGAAAAAAUCUUCGAAGAAGUGCCCCAAGCCCGGAGCCACUGCUGCUGCUGCUGCAGCAGUAGCAGCCUCCCCAUCUCAGGCAUCCUCCGGAUACACAAUCGCUGGACUGGAGUCCCCGACAGAGGCUCAAGGUGGACUGGAUAACGGCAGCGGCUCACGGAGGCUGAGGACCGCAUACACCAACACGCAGCUACUUGAACUGGAGAAGGAGUUUCACUUUAACAAAUACCUCUGUCGGCCCCGGCGCGUUGAAAUAGCAGCACUUUUGGAUCUAACCGAGCGCCAGGUCAAAGUGUGGUUUCAGAAUCGACGCAUGAAACACAAAAGGCAAACUACGCACCACCGGGACGGGCAAGAGGGCGAGCCCGGCGGUUUCGAGCUCCUGGAGGGAGCCGACGAUGCUUCACCGUAUUCGAGCCAAUCACUGGAAGUAUCUGGCUCUGGUUCAGCAGCAACCUCCGAGAGUGAGACGUGCACGACAACUGCCUCCUACACGAACAGUGCGGACAAAAGCCAGCCCACGCCUAAAGAGGGCCAGGCGAACCAGUCGGAGCCUGCAUCUGUUCCUGACACAGCGGUUCACUCCCCCCCGUAUUCAACGCCUACUGCAGAUAACCCCGGCACAAUGGCUGAGGGCCGAGCGACUGGGCCGGAGCAUGCGUUCACAGAGCCGCAGGAUGCCACCUCUCUACCCGAUUUGAAUUUCUUUUCGACGGACCCCUGCCUACAGAUCUCGGACGCUUUAUCGCCGAGUUUGCAGAGCUCCCUGGACAGUCCCGUUGACUUCUCCGAGGAAGAUUUUGACUUGUUUACGAGCACCCUUUGUACUAUAGAUUUGCAGCAUUUACAGUUCUGAACAAUUAUGACAUCAAAAUGCAUACAAGAACAAUCGAACUCCUUCUUAUUGCAGUGUCACGAAUGCUUUUCGACCGCAACAUUCCUAUAAUAAGACAUUUAAAAAAAGUGAAAAGAGAUCUACCUAAACAGUUUUAAAAAAUGGCAUGAAACAAUGCCUAAAAGGAAAUAAAUUGUCCUUUAUUUUGAAAAUACGAUGAUGUAAUC